ACUGUCCCCCUCGCGCAGAGCUCACCCAAAGAUUCUCGUCAACACACGAGGACCUGAUCUGAUCCCGUUAAGUAGGUUUCUAGUAGACAGCUACAACACAUUCAAUUAUCCCCAUCCGCCACCCGGUGUUUCGUGUCGCACGCCGCGCCCAGCAUGGCUACCAUCCCCGCCGCCGAGAUCCCAACACUCCGACUUCUCUACAAGUUGCAGAGACUCGACCCCUCGUCUAAUGUCAUGAGCGGUGCUACGUCUGCCUACAACAAUAAGAUCGCCACCAUCAGAGGCGACAUCACCAAACUAGCCGUUGACGCCAUCGUCAAUGCUGCAAAUAGGUCCUUGCUCGGCGGCGGUGGUGUCGACGGUGCCAUCCAUAGAGCUGCCGGUUCCCAACUGCUAGCCGAGUGCCGCACUCUCGGCGGCUGUGCCACCGGCAGUUCCAAGAUCACCAACGCCUACAACCUCCCCUGCAAGAAGGUCAUCCACACCGUCGGACCCGUCUAUAGCGAACACCAUGCCGAAAGAUGUGCCGCCGCCCUCCAAGGCUGCUACCGAUCGUCUCUACAGCUCGCUGCGCAGCACGGGCUGAAGACUAUCGCCUUUAGCUGCAUCAGCACAGGUGUCUAUGGCUACCCGUCCCGCGACGCCGCGACUAUCGCUUGCUCGACUGCCAAGGAUUUCCUCUCUGGUGAACAUGGCAGCAAGAUCGACAAGAUCAUAUUCGUGACCUUUGAAGGGAAGGACGUUGCUAGUUAUGAUCGCCUUCUGCCUCGAUUCUUCCCGCCGGAAAGCGAGGCCACCGACGAGACACAGAGCUUGGAAGCCGAAGCUACUGCGAGCCAGCUACCCAGCGUGCCCAGUACUGAACCUUCAGAUAGUGAGCAUGUUCAGAAGAAGCAGAAGCAGGAAGAUACCACCUGAAAAGUCUACCGGCCCUCUCAAGGAAAAUGGACCGUUUGACAAAGGCACAUGUACCAUGAACCCUGAGAUACCAAUGGCGUGUCAGGGAUUCGUGCUGUAUUCUUAGUUUCCCCAUACCGCAAAUAUUAUUUGUGACGUAAGAGGUAUUCCCGCUAGUAAGCUGAUAAGACACCGACUUGAUCUUUGAGCUCAUUUACAGUGUUACUUUCAAUUCACAAUGAGACUAUCACGAGUGACUGGUCAUGAUUAUCACACAUACUGGCUUGUCGUCAACCAUGUAUUUGUGUUUGACUCCCAUCGCGAACUAUUCAAUUUGCGCGGCAAUCUUAUCAAUCCUUAGUCCCGCGAAUAAAAAUUGGAAUCGCUCUGACUUGCUUUUCAGAAGAACUUACGGUAACGUAUCUCUGUAUAGAACUCAGAGAUCAGAGGGGCUAACAAUCUUUUG